CGUCAAAUUGACAGUUAAGUGCAAUGUCAACUCAAAGAUGUUGAACUUUGAAUUCUAAUUAAUUUCUCAUUUGUUGUUACGUUUACUUUAUACAUUUUAAUUUAUUUGUAAUUAAGCUUACUCAAGAAUAAGACUCACUUCGGGAAAAAAUGAUAAAUACAGGUAAAUUACAGGGGCUUACGGUCUUCAUCACUGGGGCUAGUCGGGGCAUUGGCAAAGCCAUAGCCCUCAAAGCGGCCAAAGAUGGGGCUAACAUAGUCGUGGCGGCCAAAACGGCCGAACCACACCCCAAAUUACCCGGGACCAUCUACACAGCAUGCAAGGAAAUCGAGGAGGCUGGGGGCAAAGGCCUGCCCUGUGUUGUGGACGUCCGCGACGAAAAGCAGGUCCGUAACGCCGUCGAAGAGGCCGUGAAGAAAUUCGGAGGCAUUGACAUUGUCAUCAAUAACGCCUCCGCGAUUUCUCUAACUCCGACCCCUGAAACGGACAUGAAACGAUACGAUUUGAUGCAUAAUAUCAACACGAGGGGGACGUUCCUGGUUUCAAAAGAGUGUCUCCCCUAUUUGAAGAAAAGCAAACACGCACACAUCUUGAACCUGUCGCCACCUUUAAACAUGAAACCCCAUUGGUUCCAGAACCACGUGGCCUACACUAUGGCCAAAUACGGCAUGUCUAUGUGUGUUCUAGGCAUGCAUGAGGAGUUUAGACCCUUCAAUAUUGGGGUUAAUGCGCUGUGGCCCCGGACCGGGAUUCACACUGCGGCCAUUGAAAUGCUAACAGGGCCUGACUCAGCCAAGUUCAACCGGAAACCGGAAAUUGUGGCCGACGCCGCCUACGCCGUACUAAUCUCCGACCCCAAAACCACUACAGGAAACUUCUUUAUCGACGACGAAGUCCUCAAAAAACACGGAGUCACCGACUUCGACCAAUAUUGCGUCGACCCCAAGUAUAAAGACAAACUAAUGCCAGACUUUUUCGUCGACGAUGACGCCAUCAAAGCCCCUAGUGACGGGAGUCCCUCUUUGGCCACCCCCAAAAUACAGGGUGACGGCAAAAUCGUUAAAAUUUUCCAAGGGAUUGAGGCAAACUUAUCACCAGAUACCGUCAAGGGUACUCAAGCCGUCUUCCAGUUUGUGGUGACUGGAGAAGAGGCCGGAAAAUGGUUUGUGGACCUGAAAAACGGUUCAGGGGCUUGCGGACGUGGCGACGCCCCCACCACCCCCGACGCCACCCUCACCAUGGACAGUAAAAAUUUCUUCGAUAUGUUCAGCGGGAAAAUCAAGCCGGCCACAGCCUUCAUGAUGGGAAAAUUGAAAAUCAAGGGAAAUAUGCAGAAGGCGUUGAAAUUGGAAAAACUAAUGAGCUCACUUAAAGCCAAGUUGUAAACCAUUGGUUUUGUAUAAUUGUUAUUUUUUUACGGAGUGAUGAAUAAAAGUUAUUUUAUAAUCAAA